AUGGGGGAUUGGAAUUUAUUGGGUGGCAUCCUAGAGGAAGUUCACUCCCACUCAACUGUAGUGGGGAAAAUAUGGCUGACCAUACUCUUCAUUUUCCGAAUGCUGGUACUUGGUGUGGCUGCUGAAGAUGUCUGGGAUGAUGAACAGUCAGCAUUUGCCUGCAACACCCAGCAGCCAGGUUGCAACAACAUCUGUUAUGACGAUGCUUUCCCUAUCUCUUUGAUCAGGUUCUGGGUUUUACAGAUCAUCUUUGUGUCUUCUCCUUCUCUGGUGUAUAUGGGCCAUGCACUUUAUAGACUCAGGGCCUUCGAAAAGGAGAGGCAGAAGAAAAAGUCACACCUCCGAGUCCAGAUGGGGAAUCCCGAGCUUGAAUUGGAGGAGCAACAAAGGAUAGAUAGAGAGCUGAAGAGGUUAGAGGAGCAGAAGAGAAUUCAUAAAGUCCCUCUAAAAGGAUGUCUGCUGCAUACUUAUGUCUUACACAUCUUGACAAGAUCUGUGAUGGAAGUAGGGUUCAUGAUAGGCCAAUAUAUUCUCUGUGGGUUUCAAAUGCACCUGCUUUACAAAUGCACUCAACCUCCUUGUCCUAAUGCAGUGGAUUGCUUUGUAUCCAGGCCCACAGAGAAGACAAUUUUCAUGCUCUUUAUGCACAGCAUUGCAGCCAUCUCUUUGUUCCUCAAUGUACUGGAAAUAUUUCAUCUGGGAAUCAGGAAAAUCAUGAAGGCACUUUAUGAGAUAUCCAGCAAUGAGGGCACUGAGGAUGAAAGCAGCACCCCAUUCCAUUUGAAAAAAUAUUCAUUGGCCCAGGAGUGUAUGAUUUGCUCUCUCUUGCCUAAAAGAAUCCCUCUACCUCAAGCAAACAAUCAACAGCAAGUCAUUCGAGUCAAUGUGCAAUCUAAAACCAUGUGGCAAAGCUCACAGCCCAUGCAACUUGAAGUAGACUCGUGCUGUGUUAAAGAAGAGUGGGCUGAGAAGGAUCAGCACAGUGGACAGCUCCAUGCCCACAGCCCAUGUCUCUCGGUAGCCGGUACUCAAAGUCAGCACCCCGGACAGCAACUGGACUGUUCCUCUGGCCUACACAACGCAAAGUCUCAGUCCUGCCUAGAUACAGAGAUAGCUCCUAGACACUGCCCAUCCUAUGCAAUAGGAACCUGGGGGCAGUCCCAGGAUCGAUGACUCUCAGGAGAGGCUCUCACAGAUUUACACAGUAAAUGUAGAGACAGCGAUGGCAGUGUGAGAAAGAGUGGGGUCUGGACAGACAGAUCUUACCUGGGCAGUCACAGCUUUCUGUCCAGAUUACUGUCUGAAAAGGGACACUUGUACAGUGACUCAGGAAGCUCCAGUUCUCGGAACAGCUCUUGCUUGGACCUUCUGCACCGGGAAAAUAGCCCCUUGCUUCUGCCUUCAGCCACUGGAUACAGAACAUCAAUGGUAAGUAAAGAUGGACAGCCUGACAACAUAGGACUAUUGCAAGAGGUUUUCCACUCUAGCUACUUCUUAGCCUUCGCUGUCCAGCUACGGUGUGUAUAUGUGUGUGUUAAGAGAGAGGGAGAGAAGGUGAGGGAGGUUAAUUUAUGGAGAGUUAAAUCCUGUCAUUCAAUACAUUCAGUUAAAUUCAAUUCAUGAAAUAAACUUACUAAA